AUGAUUCGAUCGAAGUUCCCCCGACGUACGCGCGAGAAGGUUGGCGAGAUGAAGAAGAAAGAAGUCAUCGACAAGCUGCAAGUAGUUGAAGACGCCGAUCCUACUGCUUAUGCCAUCUACAAUUCCGAUUCUACUGUCCGUCAAACCUCCUCUUCGCCGCGCAGUCCAUCUUUAUUAUUGAAAGUGAUUGAGAAUCAAUUGAGCGUUGCUGGCAGCAGAAUGCUUUGGAGAACAAUGUUCAUGGCGAUGCUAAUAUGUUUCGUACAUAGCUGGGGUAGCUACAUCUCUGGCUAUACUCUCAGCAUUCAUUUUCCAAAUUAUACGAGGAGAAUGAAGAGAGGAUAACGAUGAUUUUCGUAACAUUCACAGGAAACUGCUUUGAAAUUGAAUUGCUUUGUUUCGAGCAAUUUUCAAACUUUCCAUUAGAGGAAAAGUUAAAUAAAUUGUCUAUUAUCCC